UAUAUUCACCCGAAACAACGGGUGCCCUGCGAUUGGCCCGGAUGUGAAGGACUGUUCAAAAACUAUAAAUAUGUGAACAAACAUAAGAAUGCUCUACACCUUCGCACCAAACGCUAUCCGUGCGAAUGGCCCGGUUGUGGAUACGAGGCCCGCGUCGCUCAUUCAUUGAAGAAUCACAGAGUGGUCCACACGAAGGCCAGGAGUUUGAAGUGUGAUUGGCCCGGAUGUGAGUACAGUGCGGGCGUUAGUUGGGCUUUAGUGGCCCACAAACGUAUACAUACGGGAGAAAAGCCGUACGCCUGUGAUUGGCCUGACUGUGCGUACCGGUGCUCUCAACCGUGUACUCUCAUAUCGCAUAAACGUAAGCACACGGGAGAGAAGCCAAUAGAGACAUACCUUUUCCUAACGCCGUUUGCAAAGCGUAGAGACCGGCCACCUGAUGAUGUGAUUGAGGGACACAACGAAGACCACAACGACAGCGGAAGCGAUAGUGAGGACAGCAAUGCCGACGACGGCAACGAUGAGGUCAACGAACAGGAGAUCAAACAACUCGAAGAAGAGUUAUCAGUCAAUUCAUACGAUUAUCAAAAACACGUGGAUUUGAUCGAUAAGCUCGAGGCGUGCGAUGAUCUGGAGCUGAUCCGCGCCGCACGCGAACGCAUGAGUAAACUGUUUCCAUUGACACCCAAUUUAUGGCUCAAAUGGAUUAACGAUGAGAUUAGGAUCGCCUCCACGGCUGACGAGAAGAGCGAUAUAUUGAAACUGUUUGAGCGAUCGGUCGAAGACUAUAUAUCGCUGGACGUGUGGUUAGAGUACGUCCAUCCUCCUGUUGUGGACGAAGACUUAAAUCUUAAUGAUAUUGUGGCCAAUGAUGUGAAAACCGAGAUAACACUUGCAUGUGAUGAAGAAUCUAAUGAGACAAUUAAAAAUGGAAACAGUGGUCAGAUUAGUGAUGAAUGUAAUGAAGACACGAGAGUUGUGGCCAUAGAUAUCAAUGACACACAAAGUGAUGAUAAAAGUGAGAACUCGUUCAACGUCUGUGAUAUGGAUGUUCUCUAUGACAGCGAUUGCACACAAUCUGAUGACAAGAGCGUCAAGAGUGAAGACUUGGGAUGUGUUGACGACUUGGAGGACAGCGACUAUGGGGUGAAAAGGAGGAGUCAGAGAAGGCGAAAGACACCGAACAGGUCUCAGGUGUCGACUGAAAUGCCAAAGAGUGAGCGCCAGAAACGCAUCGAUGAUUUGGUUUUGCAUUUAAAAGUCGGCGAUCAAUACGUUUGCGAUCAGAUUGGAUGUGAUUACAAGAGUGGCGUUAAAAGACAAAUUUACAGCCAUAUGUUAGAACACAAUCCAAACGGUCGAAGAAUUAGAUCCAGUUUUAAAGUGAAUCGAGAAGACGUGGAGAAGACUAAAACAAUAGCGCGUCAGAAACGCAUCAAUGAUUUGGUUUUCCAUUUACAAGUUGACGACCAAUACGUUUGCGAUGUCGAGGAAUGCAAUUUCAAGACUGGUGUCAAACGAGAGAUGUAUAGACAUAAGAUUGAUCACAAGGCAGAUGACAGGGAAGCCAUGAAUCCAUUUGAUGAGCAAAAAUUAGAAGAACGCAAACGAAUCAUACUUUUAAUGAAAGACUUUAAAGUAGACGAUCAGUACGUUUGCAAAGAGACCGAAGAACGCAAACGAAUCAUACUUUUAAUGAAAGACUUUAAAGUAGACGAUCAGUACGUUUGCAAAGAGACCGGUUGUGACUUCACGUCGAAAAACGAAAUGCAAUUUUAUUAUCACCAAAGAAGACACCAACGCCUGCCCGCGAGUCGAGGCCCGCGCGGCAAUCACGCCGAUUGGUUGACCCGUAUUAAGGGCACGGGUGUGGACGCAGAGGGCAACUAUGUGUGCAGUCGACCCAACUGUGUCUUCGCCGCCAAAGAGAAGGAAGAGUUUUUUGAUCACUUUAAGCAACAUAUGGACGCUUUGAUCGUCGAAAACGGUCAACAGUGUAAUAGUGGUCGACUUUAUCCAUGCGAUUAUCCCAAGUGUCCGAAGACAGUGUCCACUGUUAUUGACUUUUACCAACACGAGAGAUAUAUUCACCCGAAACAACGGGUGCCCUGCGAUUGGCCCGGAUGUGAAGGACUGUUCAAAAACUAUAAAUAUGUGAACAAACAA